AUGUUGGAUAAUUUUAUUCAUCACUUUGCUCAGAAGGCAUCAACCAAUGCUAUCAUAAAUAAUGUAAGUGAUACAAAUAAUGUAAGUGAUACAUAUAAUAUAAGUAAUACAAAUAAUACAUAUGAUACAUAUAAUGUUGGUAAUAAUGACAUUUUUAAUAUAUUCAAAAAAGGAGAGGAAGAAGGUUGCACAGGAGAACUGGAACAGAAAUUAAUUAAUGGACAGAAAUUUUUAAAAAAUGAUUUACAUGAAAUAAAUGAAUAUAAUCAUAAUCAUAAUAAUAAUAAUAAUGAGAAAGAUUUUAUUAAUUUACGUAAUGGGCAACAUAGUGAAUAUAAAAUGUAUAUGUUUGAAAGUAAAGGAAUAGUGUCAAAUGAUUUUUAUAGAAUAUUAUAUGAAUGUGCUCAAGCUUCAUCAGCUAAACCUUAUUUAGUUGAUGUAUGUGUAAAUAAAUAUUUUAAAAAAUAUAAAAUAAAAUUUUCACAAACAUGUUUAAGUUGUUUCUCUACUUUUAUUGGAUGUACCUUUAUUUCUUGUAAUAAAGAAUGUUCAAAAAAUCAAUGUAAUGAUGAAUGUAAGGUUUGUAGUGACAGUCACUGUUUUAAGAAAUUAUUAGAGUGUACAAAAUUGGAAGCUUUACCUGACCCAUGUAAAUAA